AUGUCGACCUUCAAGCUCAACUCGGGAUAUGACAUUCCCGCUGUCGGUCUGGGAACAUGGCUAUCCAAACCACAUGAAGUCGAAAACGCAGUCGAACAUGCCCUCAAAGCCGGAUAUCGCCAUAUCGAUGCCGCUGCGUGCUAUUUGAAUGAGAUUGAAGUAGGAAGUGGUUGGAAGAAAUCGGGCGUACCGCGCGAGGAGAUCUUUAUCACCAGCAAGUUGUGGAAUACGCACCAUCACCCGGAGAACGUGGAAGAAGCUGUCAAUAAGACCUUGAGCGAUCUACAGACGAACUACCUCGACUUGUACCUGGUCCACUGGCCAGUCGCAUUCGAACACACCAACGAGACCCUUACUCCCCUAGACCCCGUAACCAAACGAUUCCGUCUCGCAGACGUCCCCGUCUCCGACACAUGGGUAGCACUUGAGAAGCUCGUCAAGGCGGGCAAGAUCCGCAGCAUUGGCGUCAGCAACUUUACCGCUUCCAAGUUGCAGGAGUUGCUGCAGACAGCAGAGAUACCCCCCGCUGUGAACCAGAUCGAGGCGCAUCCCUAUUUGCAGCAGCCGGCGCUGUUUCAGCUUCUGAAGGAAAAGAACAUCCUUCCUGUUGCUUACAGCCCGCUUGGUAACAAUACCUACAACGCUCCACGCGUUGUCAAUGAUUCAACUGUGAUAGAAAUCGCAAAGAAGCUCGAAAAAGACCCAGCUGCAGUGUUGAUUUCCUGGGCUGUUCAAAGGGGAAGCUCUGUCCUGCCAAAGAGCGUCACUCCAUCGCGGAUUGAAAGUAACUUCCAAGUCUUCACUAUCCCCGAGGCCGAAUUCGAGACCCUCAAUCAACUCGACCGGAACCAGCGAUACAACUACCCCUUCCGCUGGGGAAUUGAUGUCUUUGGGGAGCUUGGGUCCGAGGAAGCCGAGCGACGUGCUGAGGAGUUUGCUGCGAAGCAGAGGGAGAGUUCAUAG